UAAGAGAGGGAGGUAUAAAAUGUCCUUUUACUAGCAGUAUUUAACUAAUGACCUCAUCAACUUUGUGGCAAAGGAAUCAAAGUACUGAGGUGUCAGGGAUUAACGGCAGUGGCAUAACUAAUUUUCCCCUGGAUUUAAAUACCAGGGAAAAUACCUCCAAGCACAGGUGUACAAAUAAACAGAGAAAUAUAGCUGCUGGAAAUUAGUUUCUGUCAGAUCCUGUGACUAUCAGAAUAAGACAAAAAAUACUUGAAAACUUACCUCAGCUGCAUUUCAGAACCCAUAAUUGUGAUUCUUACAUUUUAUUCUUGAGAGACGUUCUAUUCCUUUUGGCAGUGCUUCCAACAGCUGCCAAAAGAACAUGAGUUCUGCCUUUGAAAUAAAUGACAGGGUAUUUCACACUACUUCUAACUCUCUGUAACCUACAGCAGUUUUGAUGGUGCUGUAUGAGACUUCUGAGAUGUACUGAAAAAUGUGCUACUUGUCCAUCUAAUCCUUGGAGAACACCGACCAAGAGCUGACAUUGAACAAAGGCAAAUUUUGUUAAGAAAUAAGACUCAUUCUUAAUUGUGGAUUUGAAAAAGUUACCUAGGGAAGCAAUGUACUUGUUCAUUACCUGCAUUUGGCCCAGGAAGAGUGGAUGUGGCUGCUGAGAUCAGCACAAGGGUUGUGUUUAAGAGAUUUGGGAUAGUCUUAGGUUCUCUCAGACCUUAAAAAUCUUGAAAUCAUUGCAGUUUUAUCUCUCUUUCUCUCACACACAUACCAACAAUAAUUUACAAAAUACUGUUAAAGCAGGGGCUGCUUUCUGCAUGCCAGGAGAAGUUCUGGAGUGAUGGCUGAAAAUGUACCUAUUCAGUACAUUGAUUUGUGUUUCAUUCCAGUUUGCUAGAUUCCAGCCCCAUUUAAAACUGGGAAAGUAUUGCAUACUGCAGUGAAGUCAGAAAUUCAUUCAGGCUCUCAAGCUAUAUUCACUUUAUUAAUGGCACUUCUUUUUGUCAUGCCUGUACUUUCAUGUACAGGUCAGGGAGAGGGAAGAGAAAGCAGGUGUACUAAAAAUCCCUUAAUGUAACUGUCUGUAAGGGGAACUGCAAGCUGCCAAUGGUGUGAGCACCUUUGAGCCUCAGAGCUACAGCAGGCCACACCACCAAUCUGCUUACUUCCAGAUCCAUAAUCAUAAGGCAGACCUGAAGAGCUGAAUCUUUUUUUCUCUUUAAGAAAGAAUAGAUGGAUUUUCUUCAAAUACUCUUCUAUGGUGUAUAGUGAAUUCUGUCGCCAGAAUUCAUGACUAAUAACAGCUUUUAUAACUAAUAACAGAUUAAUUUCAACUAAGAACAGACUAAUAACAGAUUUCAUUAACAGCUGAAGUGGAAGGAAGACGGCUGGUGUGCUAUCUACUUGUUCUGGUGCCAGUAUAUGGAUUACAUAGACUGAGGAGCGUGAGGACGGUCUGUUGUUUUAGCACGGUCUGUUUUGUCCCAUUUACUAUUUCUGGGUGUCAUUCUGAGCGCUAAUGGUUACGGCAGCCCUAAAUGUUCCUGCAGAGUGCACUAGCUUUCAAGAAACAGCACUAUCAACGGGCAGGCUGUCUGUAAGCAAUCUCCAGCAACAAUCUUCUGUGUGCUUGAAAUAGCUGUGUGUCUUGUUUUGCUUUUCAGUAGAGCUUUUAGAUGUAUUUUUUCAAACCAACGUGUGAGUAACGGAGGCAGCGGCAGGGCGCGCUCCCCGGCAGAGGGAGAGAGAUGCUUUCCGCCCGGCAGCGAUAGCCAGUUCUCCUAUUUCCCCCGCCGGGAUACCGGAGCGCCAGACGCCCGCCGGCCCGACCUUCCCCGCUUCGCCCGGGCUCCGGCGGAGCAGCAGCAGCGGGCGGUGCGAGGAGCCUCUGCAGCAGCCGCCUCUGGCUGCCCCCGCCCGCCGGGGUCGGUGGCCGCGCUCACGGGGACGGGGACGGGCAGCUGUCCGCGGGCCCGCCCGCCGGGGCGGUGGUGAGCUCCCGCCGUGCCUCCCGGCGCAUAAAGGCAGGCGGCGGGGGCCGGCCCGGGGCAGCGGCUGGCGGCGGCACGGCAGCGACCGGCGAUGAUGGAGCAGCCGGUGCAGACGGAGACCUGGAAGGCGCGGAGCCUGGAGGAGCUGAUCCGUAUCCUCCAUCAGAUAUUCGCCGAGGAUAAAGUCAGCGUGGACGAGGUCCAGGCGCUGAUGGAGUCGUACGAGAGCAACCCCGAGGAGUGGCUGCAGUACGCCAAGUUCGACCAGUACAGGUACACAAGAAAUCUUGUGGACAAUGGAAAUGGAAAGUUCAACUUGAUGAUCUUGUGCUGGGGUGAAGGUCAUGGCAGCAGUAUCCAUGAUCACACUGACUCACACUGCUUUAUGAAGAUCCUCCAGGGAAAUCUAAAGGAGACUCUGUUUGAAUGGCCUGAGAAAAAAGGAAAUGGUGAAAUGACUAAGAAAUCAGAACGAGUUUUGAGGGAAAAUCAAUGUGCCUACAUUAAUGACUCCAUUGGCCUGCACCGUGUGGAGAACAUAAGCCACACAGAGCCUGCUGUCAGCCUGCAUUUGUACAGCCCACCCUUCGACACCUGCAACACCUUUGAUCAGAGGACUGGGCACAAGCACAAAGUCACAAUGACCUUCUACAGCCAGUUUGGAGAAAGGACUGUCUGCGCUACAGGAGUGCCGCAGGAGAACAACUGAGAAGCAUCAGCACGCAUUUGCGUAAGACCUGCUGAAUGUUUAACCAGGGACAGAAGACUUGCAUGGCUAAGGCUGACAGCCAGAUCCAUUUCAUUACUUGUACAUCGGAGUACUCUAGGGCAGCCUCCAGACCACACACAGUUUCCUCGAGCAAAUGCCAAUUAUGGGACACUAAGCUAACUAGUGCCAUAACCUGCUUCAGAGGUUAGAUGCCUUUUCUUAGGCUCCUGUUAGAAUUAAAUAGCUGGUUGUCUAAUUAUAGCGCCUUUUAAGCUCCACCUUGGAUGUCACACUGAGAAUAUCAGAAAUAGGGUUUUUAAACAUCAUCUGAUUCUUCUCAAUAAACCUAUGGGGAUGUAUGCUCUCAAUGUAAUUAGUAACUAUAUAAACUUCUAAGCUUCCAGUCACUUGUACUUAUGGGUAGUACAGUAGAUACAACUAACAGCAGUGCCUUUUUUUUUUUUAAUUAAGUCUUUUAGGUUUUAAUGCUUUAGGCCAUCUUGAUAGUUUUGUGCAUUUUUUUACCUUUUUUUUUACAAUUUAAUUUGUCAGAUCGUGUUUUAAAUAGGAACAGAGAAAUGCUUCAUGCAUGAUGAUUUUCAAAACUGAUCUCACAGAGAUUUGACGUUUAAGAAGACUAAUCAUACUUAAUUCAGCUAAUGUCCAGUUUCCAAAGCAUUCUGUGUAGCUAAUGAAGAAGAAAACUGAAAUAAAACUGGAUUUCUGCACUGA